UAAGAGCAAUCUCUUGCCCGCCCUCCAAGGCUUGAGUUGAGACUACGUCACGAGACUCUGCUAUCCCGUCGGGUCCCUUCAACUGGACGGACUGGCACUGGACCUGUGAGACUCAGGUCCGUGGCUAACCUCAAAUAAACCCACCAACCUUCAUCUUUGCAGCGGCCACAUCGCCCGACACCGCCAUCCAUCAUGGCUGAAGUCAAUCCAGAGCUUCAAGAACGCCUUGAAGAGUUGGAUCGCGAGCUUGAGGAAGGUGAUAUUACACAGAAGGGCUACCAGAAGCGACGAACUCAGCUCUUCUCUCAAUUCCUCGGUUCUCCUCCACCUCAAAUUGCUGCUCUCGCCGAACCUCAGUCUGGCCUACGCAUACACUCUCCCGAUGACUCGGCCCAUCCUUCAGGUGAUGGCCACCGCGCCGCUGCAUAUGCCUCUCUCGGCGCCAGCAGCGGCCCGAUCCCCGAUACACCAGACUCACCCAUAUACCGACCACAUUCUGGCUAUGCCCCGUCUUCAGAAUUACCGAGACCUCCGCCGGAGCAGGCACCGGCGUCGCUUUUGCGACCGGGAGGUCCCAUGGCUGCGGGAUCAACGGCUGCCCACCGAGACUCCCUCUUCUUCUCCCCCUCUCACGUCGUUGAGCCUGAAACCCGAACCGGUACCAUGAGAUCGGGGGACUAUGCUUUCAGACCAGAGCAGCAAGGCGCAUACCCUGAUCAGCAGUAUCAGCAGCAACAGUAUCAACAACCACCGCAGCAGCAACCUGAUGGACGAACAACCACGCUACUCGACUCGCAAGGAUAUUUCUCGGACUUCGCGGGACAGCAGCAUUAUGAUCAGGGCCAAACUAUCGAGUAUGGAGGACCUCAGCAGCGAUACUCUUCCAGCGAUGCCUUUUCUCCUACUGCCGCCAUGGCGCCGCCAAUGCUCACAACCAACGAUCUCCCACCUCCCGAGGCCCUCGAAUACCAACUACCACUAGACCCUCGCGAGGUCCCCUUCGCUAUUCAAGACCCCCAUGACGAUUCAACGCCAAUGUCAAAGUUCGAUAAUAUCGCAGCUGUCCUUCGACAUAGAGGCCGAACUAUCGCCAAGAAACCAGCAUAUUGGGUACUGGACAGCAAGGGCAAGGAAAUUGCAUCAAUUACGUGGGACAAGCUGGCGUCCAGAGCCGAGAAGGUGGCACAAGUUAUCAGAGACAAGAGCUCUUUAUACCGUGGCGAUCGAGUUGCGCUUAUCUAUCGCGAUUCUGAAGUCAUUGACUUUGCAAUUGCCUUGCUGGGAUGCUUCAUCGCCGGAGUUGUUGCUGUCCCCAUCAACGACUUGCAGGACUACCAACGCUUGAAUCACAUUCUUACCACAACACAAGCCCAUCUGGCCCUAACCACCGACAACAACCUCAAAGCCUUCCAGCGAGAUAUAACAACUCAAAAGUUGACAUGGCCAAAGGGUGUCGAGUGGUGGAAGACGAACGAGUUCGGUAGUUAUCACCCUAAGAAGAAAGAUGACGUCCCGCCCUUGGUCGUCCCCGAUCUGGCAUACAUCGAGUUUUCGAGGGCACCAACCGGAGAUUUGAGAGGCGUUGUUCUCAGCCACCGAACCAUCAUGCACCAAAUGGCUUGUCUUAGCGCCAUUAUCUCUACAAUUCCAGGCAACGGUCCAGGGGAUACCUUCAAUCCGUCUCUGCGGGAUAAGAACGGCCGACUGAUUGGUGGUGGCGCAAGUAGCGAGAUUCUGGUCUCAUACCUUGACCCCCGUCAGGGCAUUGGUAUGAUUCUGAGCGUGCUGUUGACGGUGUAUGGUGGCCAUACUACUGUUUGGUUCGACAACAAAGCCGUUGAUGUUCCUGGACUCUACGCCCAUCUACUUACAAAGUACAAAUCGACCAUCAUGAUCGCAGACUACCCUGGCCUGAAACGAGCCGCUUAUAAUUACCAGCAAGAGCCAUUGAUAACCCGAAACUUCAAGAAGGGAAUGGAACCAAACUUCCAGAUGAUCAAACUCUGCUUGAUCGAUACCCUGACAGUAGAUAGCCAGUUUCACGAAGUUCUCGCUGAUCGAUGGCUCAGACCAUUAAGAAACCCUCGUGCUCGCGAGGUUGUUGCUCCCAUGCUUUGUCUGCCUGAGCAUGGAGGUAUGGUUAUUAGUGUGCGUGACUGGUUAGGAGGAGAAGAACGCAUGGGCUGUCCUUUGAAGCUCGACUUAGAAGACGAAACAGAUUCAGAUGGCGAAGAGAAGGAAGAAACCGAGAAGCCUACAAUUUCCAAUGGCUUUGGCAGCCUUCUGAGUGGCGGAGGCACCACCACAACGGAAGAAAGAGCAAAGAAUGAGCUUGGCGAGGUUCUUUUGGACCGCGAGGCUCUAAAAACAAAUGAAGUUGUGGUAGUAGCCAUUGGAAACGAGGCCCGCAAGAGGGUGACGGAAGAUCCAAGGUUGGUUCGAGUUGGUGCCUUUGGAUAUCCCAUACCAGAUGCCACACUCUGUGUGGUCGAUCCUGAAACAGGUUUACUGGCUUCACCCCACUCUGUGGGUGAGAUCUGGGUAGACUCUCCCUCUCUAUCUGGUGGUUUCUGGGCACAGCCAAAGAACACUGAGCUCAUUUUCCACGCCCGCCCUUACAAGUUCGACCCAGGUGACCCCACGCCCCAGCCUGUGGAGCCCGAGUUCCUUCGAACUGGUCUGUUGGGUACCGUUAUUGAGGGUAAAAUCUUUGUUCUAGGCCUCUACGAAGACCGCAUUCGACAAAAGGUUGAGUGGGUUGAGCAUGGGCACGAACUGGCCGAAUACCGGUAUUUCUUUGUUCAACAUAUCGUUGUGAGCAUAGUCAAGAAUGUUCCAAAGAUCUACGACUGUUCAGCAUUUGACGUCUUUGUCAAUGAUGAACACCUGCCAGUUGUGGUGUUGGAAUCGGCAGCCGCCUCGACGGCACCGUUGACCUCUGGAGGGCCUCCACGACAACCGGAUACUGCCCUCCUGGAGUCGUUGGCCGAGCGUUGUAUGGAGGUCCUCAUUGGAGAGCAUCAUCUUAGACUGUACUGCGUUAUGAUCACAGCACCGAAUACGUUGCCACGUGUUGUCAAAAAUGGACGACGCGAAAUUGGAAACAUGCUUUGUCGCCGAGAAUUCGAUCUCGGCAACCUUCCAUGUGUGCACGUCAAGUUUGGCGUGGAACAUGCAGUUCUUAACCUUCCUAUUGGCGUGGACCCUAUGGGUGGUAUUUGGUCACCAUUGGCCUCAGACUCGCGUGCCGAGUUUCUGUUGCCAGCAGACAAGCAAUACUCGGGUGUCGAUAGAAGAGAAGUGGUUAUUGACGACCGGACAUCAACUCCAUUGAACAACUUCUCCUGCAUCUCUGACCUUGUUCAAUGGCGUGUAGCCCGCCAGCCAGAAGAAUUGGCCUACUGCACAAUCGACGGCAGAGGUCGAGAAGGUAAGGGCGUUACAUGGAAGAAGUUUGAUACCAAGGUUGCCUCCGUUGCUAUGUAUCUGAAGAACAAGGUCAAGGUGAGACCUGGAGACCAUAUCAUCCUUAUGUAUACGCAUUCAGAGGAGUUUGUUUUUGCCAUCCAUGCGUGUAUCUGCUUGGGCGCCAUCAUCAUCCCCAUUGCGCCCCUCGACCAGAACCGACUGAAUGAGGAUGUUCCUGCUUUCCUCCAUAUCGUGGCGGAUUACAACGUCAAGGCUGUGUUGGUCAACUCCGAGGUGGACCAUCUUAUCAAGGUCAAGCCUGUGGCCAGUCAUAUCAAGCAAUCAGCGCAGGUUCUGAAAAUCACCAGCCCUUCGGUCUACAACACAACCAAGCCGCCGAAGCAGAGCAGUGGACUGAGGGAUUUGAGAUUCACCAUUGACCCAGCCUGGAUCCGGCCGGGCUAUCCUGUUAUUGUUUGGACAUACUGGACCCCUGACCAACGACGUAUUUCAGUUCAGCUUGGUCAUGACACCAUCAUGGGCAUGUGCAAGGUCCAGAAGGAAACCUGCCAAAUGACCAGUUCAAGGCCUGUGCUCGGAUGUGUACGAAGCUCGACUGGUCUCGGUUUCAUCCAUACAGCGUUAAUGGGCAUUUACAUCGGAACACCUACCUACCUCCUAUCACCAGUGGAAUUUGCGGCUAAUCCCAUGUCUCUCUUUGUCACAUUGUCCAGAUAUAAGAUUAAGGAUACUUAUGCGACACCGCAGAUGCUUGACCAUGCCAUGGCUGCUAUGCAAGCCAAGGGUUUCACGCUGCACGAACUCAAGAAUAUGAUGAUCACUGCGGAGAGCCGACCAAGAGUUGAUGUCUUCCAAAAGGUCAGGCUUCAUUUUGCUGGAGCUGGUCUGGACAGAACCGCUAUCAACACAGUGUAUUCGCACGUCCUGAACCCCAUGGUUGCAUCGCGAUCUUACAUGUGCAUCGAGCCUAUCGAACUGUGGCUUGAUACACAAGCCCUUCGUCGUGGCUUGGUUAUUCCCGUGGACCCUGAAUCAGAUCCUCUUGCCUUGCUGGUACAGGACAGUGGUAUGGUUCCUGUAUCGACACAAAUCGCCAUCAUCAACCCUGAGAGCAGAGUCCACUGUCUUGAUGGCGAGUAUGGUGAGAUAUGGGUUGACUCUGAAGCCUGUGUCAAGUCCUUCUACGGUUCCAAGGAUGCUUUCGAUGCUGAGCGCUUUGACGGCCGAGCUGUUGAUGGAGAUCCGAACAUUCAGUACAUCCGUACAGGCGACUUGGGAUUCCUUCACAAUGUUAGCCGACCCAUUGGACCCAACGGCGCUCUGGUGGAUAUGCAGGUUCUGUUUGUUCUCGGAAAUAUCGGUGAGACUUUCGAGAUCAAUGGUUUGAGCCAUUUCCCGAUGGAUAUCGAGAACUCCGUGGAGCGAUGCCACAGAAAUAUUGUGCAGAAUGGCUGUGCUGUAUUCCAAGCUGGUGGUCUAGUGGUCGUUCUCGUUGAAGUCAACCGCAAGCCGUACUUGGCAUCAAUUGUCCCUGUUAUCGUCAAUGCCAUCCUGAAUGAGCAUCAGAUCAUUGUUGAUAUUGUCGCAUUUGUGAACAAGGGAGACUUCCCACGAUCUCGACUAGGAGAGAAACAGCGCGGCAAGAUUCUUGGCGGCUGGGUCAGCCGAAAGCUUAGAACCCUCGCACAGUUCUCCAUCCGCGAUAUGGAUGCUGAAUCUACUGCAGGUGACGUUAUGGACCAGGCUAGGGCAUCCAUGGUCAGCGUACGAAGCGGAGGCGGUGCAGCACCAGGAUCUUCCAGCUUGAGAAACGUCGAGCCAGCUCCUCAGAUCUUGGAGCAGGAGGAAUAUGACCAGGCAACUCCUCGUCAUGAGUAUGAGCCAACACAGACCAUGGUCUCUGAGCUUCCAGAUCAAGAGACACCGACAGGGUUCCAGCACGCACAGUUUGAGCACCCACCUCAAUCUGCAGGCUCUGGACCACCGACGCAGCUGAAUCUUUCUCACCAGCCUGACCAAGGAUUCGACAUCCCUGACUUUUCACGGUAUAGUGGUGCCGAGCAAGGGCAGGGCCUCGUUCACAGACGUCCUGUUCCUGGCCACGCACCACCUCCACCACCUGAGCCCAUCCCAGGGAACGGUCAAGCGCCGCCCCAGAUUCGGCUACCAGGCGUGGACGGGCGUGAAGAGGUGAGCUUUUGGCAACAGCAGAAUAAGGGAGAGAAGAGCGAGGAGGACUGGACAGCUGAAGCCAUCAUGCAUAUGAAUCUGGCAGGUGAUAUGAACCCUCGAUGAUAAUUACGACAUGCAACGUGAUGAAGCGGAGUUGGAGUUUGGAUUCAUCUAGAAACGAAUAUAGCAGACAAUUGUACUUAUUGGCCUAUGGCCGUCAUCUAUUUGCUUUCAUCAGAACAUCGUCUCAGUCUAAAUAUCUAGAGAGAGUCUACUACUUGAUUUGAAACUUUGCAGUAUAUAGCGAGAAGCAUUACAUGCAUAAGCGACUGUGUUUGAAAGACCAUGAUGAGCCUGGUGGCCAGGAAUCAGCUACGGAGAUGAGAUGUAUUGGGAUUUAUCUGUCUAAGUGUUGAGUGGCAAAACAUCUGGGAAAAACAGGGACUGGAGUAAAAAUGAUUCCUUGUACAGCACAAGGACAAAAGAUAAACCAAUCGACGCAGGCCUGAUUCGAACAGACGCC